AUGAAGAAGAAGCGGAUGAGGACCUUGAUCGGAGGUGACGGUGACGUGGGCAAACUCGUAGCUUUUCGGCAUGGCGCAAGACACUUGAAGGCCGAUCGAACGAAGCCAAUGGCGGAGAUUUUAACGACCACCAAGCUCGAUCUUUGGAAAGCUAGCAGGACGUCGUCACCAGAGAGAGUUGUUGGUUUGCUGAAGCUGGAAGGCCGACCAGCAGCUUUUACAGCUGCGAAUCUGGAUAUGCUGACUAUGUUGGACAUUCCAACAAGAAUUGAAGCGGUGCGCCGCCGUUUUUGA